UUUAGAUCCGAAUUUGGAGUUGCUGGAAACUCGCGACAUCCCCGAUCCUACAACGAUCGUCCCUCUGCUGGAUUUUCCCUCCGUAAACGAAAGUUACCCGGAUUAUCGGGACGACGAGAACGUUUCCAGGGCCGUAUUUAAAUUGGAAUCUUACGCGGAUAACUUGGUGAAUUUGUGCUUUUUGACGGCCAGAAUCCUGCUGGAAACUCUCCUGCCGCACCAGCACAACGAAAAGAUCGUAAACAGACAAUUUAUCGUGGUAGCGUAUAAAAUAUCAGGCAAACACGUCCCGUCCAUAAAGGUGGUUCCCCACAAAUUGCACCUGCGCCCUUCGGACGACCUUCCCCCCGGCGAAGCCGAUACUUUGUUGUGUUCGAGCAUGAAGAACCCGCAUUGGUGGCGAGAGGACGAGAAAAUAAUCCCGCCCGUUUGUAUAUUGAAGUUCCAUGCUAGAGGGCGCGUCGUGAGUCGAUUUUCCCGGCCGUUUUCGUUAACUAUCACACGGAACGAGUCCGAAUCGAUCGUAUCGAUAAGCGCGGUAGUACCGAAAACGUACGAUGGAACUAACGAGGAUUUCGAAAGGAUGACUGUCUAUAGGAUAGACGUGUUCAAAGGGCAGGAUUAUUUCGUGGAGUUUGACGAAUUGGGCUCGAAUAAACUGAAGGUAUAUGUAACUAAAUUCUACAAGCCUACUGUGGAAGAAUUCGUGGAUAAAUCGAGCGAAAUUAACGCGAAUUCCAGCAAAUUGUUUAUAGAAGUCGACGAGGAUUACGAUCGUUGGGAUUAUUUAACAAUCACUCCUUUCGAUAACACGGCAUCCGUCGAUACGAAAUUCGCGUUCAAAGUGUACACAAUCGCCUGUCACAGUUGGAACUCCAAUAAGAGGAAAUGGGAGUUUUCCUGCGAUAGCACGAAUACUUCGAACGUAACAACAAUCGAAUGUUUGUGUUACAAAUCGUCGGUGCUCAGCGCCCGGGUCACGAAUAACGCCGUGAGAUUGGAACGCUCUGUAUAUACCGAGCACAAGCUAGAAAUCCAAGCUUGCUAUGUGAUAUUUUUCGCGGUUUUAAUCGUUUGGAUCGCUUAUUGCGCUUUGCUUUUGUACAUUUUGAUGUCGCGAAAGGGAAAAGCGGAGUCUUACGAGGAAGUAUAUUUUUUAAGCGACGUUCCCAGCUAUUGCAAGUUUGGAUAUUUGAUGGUGAUUAAGACUGGCGACAAGAGAAACGCCGGUACUACUUCCAAUAUUGUCAUCAAAAUUUACGGAUCGCGUGCUGACAGCAAGGAGCACGUGCUGAAUUAUCCCGAUCCCUACAAAUUGUUGUUGCAGAGGAAUUCUGAAAAUUGGUUUUUCCUCGCUACGGAACGCCAUUUGGGCGAUAUCGAGAAAAUCGAGAUGUGGUUCGAUUCUGUAGGAUGCAAACCAUCCUGGCAUUGCAUGGAAUUGGAGAUUCUCGAUCUGCAAACGAGCAC